GCACAAUACGACUGAUUUUGUACAAUCUUUUAGUUUCAAUGAAAGCCAUGAUUCGAUUGGUCGUGACUUCUGUGAUCGUCCUGCUUGUGGCUUCUCCGGCCAAUGCCGCACCAGUUUCCAAAUUAACGGAAUCAAGUUUCCAAAAGAAGAUACGAUAUCUUUCAGCAAGAGUUAUGAAGGAUAUGGCGAUCCUUAGAGACAUAUACGACGACCUUACGACUAUCGGCAAACGGACGAAAGAUUUCGAGAGGAACAUGGCAGCCCUUUCCGUGAAUGUGACCUCACUGGGCGAGUUCUAUCAUAACUUCCAACCGACACCCCCGCAAAAACCUACUAGCGCUACCGGGAACGCUGGAAAUGUGGCUCUGGGAGACAUCCGUGAUUGUACAGACGUGUUGGCCAGUGGUCACACCCGAAGCGGAGUGUACUCUGUGACCCUGGCGUCGUUAGAGUCACCAACUCAACUCUACUGCCGCAUGGAGGGAGGGCAGGCUUGGAACAUCAUACAGAGACGGGCAGACAGUAGCGUCGACUUCAACCGCAACUGGGAGGACUACAAGAACGGCUUCGGUGACCUAGAGGGAAGCUUCUGGCUCGGCAACGACAACAUUCACCUGCUCACCAACCAAGGUCGCUACCGGCUCCAAGUGCGCCUGGAGAGGUUUAACGGACAGUCUGCCCGAGCGGACUACAACUUCUUCCGCAUCAAAGACGAGGAAAACAGGUAUCAGUUGCUACUUGGGGAUUUCACGGGCGGGGGCGGUGGAGACUGCCUGUAUUACCACGACUUCCAGUACUUUUCCACGUCCGAUCAGGACAACGACGAGAUAUCGUACGGGAGCUGUGCGGUGUUCUUGCGGGCAGGUUGGUGGUUUAAAGACUGCGGCCAAUGUAAUCCGAACGGCGUGUAUCAUAACAGUGCUAUAAGAGCUUCUGGCGCUGCCACGUGGAACCCGUGGACCUACUACAUGGAGAGUCUGAGGUUGAUAGAGUUUGGGCUGCUCCGUGUGUCCAUGGCGUGA